AUGACGUCACGCCGGUGGCGCUGCCCCGCGGGGCCGGAGGGGCGUGUCCAGCGGCGGAAGGGGCGGGGCCAGCGCCAUGCCGAAGCGCGGAAGAAGAAGGAGGAGAACGGGAGCGGGGACGAGGCCGGCCCCGCCCCCGCCAAGGCUCCCAAGGCGUCGCCGGCCCCGCCCUACGAGGACCCGCCCACCCGCGAGGCCACGCCCGAUGGGCGGCGCUGGACGCUCAAGGUGACGUCAUGGAACGUGGACGGGCUGAGGGCGUGGCUGCGCAAGGGCGGGGCCCAGUGGGUGCAGGAGGAGGCCCCGGACGUGCUGUGCCUGCAGGAGACCAAGUGUGCCGUGUCGGCCGUGCCCCCCGAGGUGCGGGCGCUGCCGGGGCUGCCCCACCAGUUCUGGUCCAGCGCCAAGGACCGGCCGGGCUACAGCGGCGUGGGGCUGCUGGCCAAGACCGAGCCGCUGGACGUCACCUACGGCAUCGGUGACCCCGAGCACGACGUGGACGGCCGCGUGGUGACGGCCGAGUUCCCCUCGCUCUUCGUGGUCUCGGCCUACGUGCCCAACUCGGGCCGGGGCCUGGUGCGCCUGGAGCCGCGGCAGCGCUUCGACGCCGCCUUCCUCGACUUCCUGCGGCGCCUGGACGCCCGCAAGCCCGUGCUGCUCUGCGGCGACCUCAACGUGGCGCACGCCGAGAUCGACCUGUGCCACCCGCGCGCCAACCGCGCCAGCCCCGGCUUCACGCCGCAGGAGCGGGAAGGCUUCGGCCGGCUGCUGGCCGCCGGCUUCGUGGAUUCCUUCCGGCACCUGUACCCCGAGGCGCGCGGCGCCUUCACCUUCUGGACCUACCUGGGCGGGGCGCGGGCGCGCAACGUGGGCUGGCGGCUGGACUACGCCGUGCUGUCGCGGCGGCUGCUGGGCGCGCUGUGCGACUGCAAGAUCCGCAGCGCCGUGCAGGGCAGCGACCACUGCCCCAUCACCGCGCUGCUGGCGGUCUAGGCGCUGAAUUGGGGUUAAAUUCAGGUAAUUUGGGUCAAAAUUGGAGUUUGAUCUGUUGUUCGGUCUUAAUUGGACGUGUUUUGGCCCAAAAUUGGCUCAAAUUUGCUUGAAAUAUGCUCAAAUUUGCUCGAAAUCAAAGUUGGAGAUUGAUGGUGUUGUUCGGUUUUAAUUUGACGUGUUUUGGCCCGAAAUUGUCUUGAAUUCACUCAAAAUUGGCUUAAAUUCACUUAGAAUCAAAGUUCAAGUUCGAUGGUGUUAACCGUUUUUAAUUGGAUGGGUUUCAGGACAAAAUCGGCUCAAAUUUGGUCAAAAUCGGCCUAAAUUCACUCGAAAUCGAAGUUUGAGUUUUAUUGUAUUAACCGCUUUUAAUUCAACGCGUUUUGGCCCAAAAUUCGUUCAAUUUUGCCCAAAAUUGGCUCAAAUUCGCUCAAAAUUGUCUUAAAUUCACUCAGAAUUGAAGGUGGAGAUUGAUGGUGUUGGUCUCUUUUAAUUGGACGGGUUUUGACCCAGUUUUGGCUCAAUUUGGCCCAAAAUUGGCUCAAAUUCACUCAGAAUCGAAGUCCGAAAUUGAUGGUGUUGACCGCUUUUAAUUGGAUGUGUUUCGGCCCAAAAUUGGCUCAAAUUUGCUCAAAAUUGGCUGAAAUUUGCUUAGAAUCAAAGUUGGAGAUUGAUGGUGUUGUUCGGUUUUAAUUCAACAUGUGCUGGCCCAAAAUUGGCUCAAAUUUGGUCAAAAUUGGCCUAAAUUUACUCAAAAUUGGCUUAAAUGUGCUCGAAACUGAAGUUUGAGUUUGAUGGUGUUACCGCUUUUAACUGGAUGGAUUUUGGCCCAAAAUUGGGCCUAAUUUGGACCAAAAUUGGCUGAAAUUUGCUCAGAAUCCAAAUUCGACUUCCACGGUAUUGAUGGCCUUUAAUUGGAUGGGUUUUGGUCCAAAAUGGGCCCAAUUUGGAUCAAAAUUGGCUGAAAUUCGCUCAGAAUGUAAGUUCGAGUUCAUGGCAUUAACGGCUUUUAAUUGGAUGGGUUUUGGCCCAAAAUUGGCUCAAUUUCGCCCAAAAUUUGCUCCAAUUCGCUCAAAAUUGGCUCAAAUUCACUCAAAAUUGGCUGAAAUUCACUCAAAAUCGAAGUUCGAGUUCAUGACGUUCACCGCUUUUAAUUGGAUGGGUUUUGACCCAAAAUUGGUUCAAUUUUGCCCAAAAUUUGCUCCAAUUCGCUCAAAAUUGGCUGAAAUUCGCUCGAAAUCAAAGUUUGAGUUUAUGGCAUUAACCGCUUUCAAUUGGAUGGGUUUUGACCCAAAAUUGGCUCAAAUUCGCUCAAAAUUGUCUUAAAUUCACUCGGAAUUGAAGGUGAAGAUUGAUGGUGUUGGCCACCUUUAAUUGGACGGGUUUUGACCCAAUUUUGGCUCAAUUUGGCACAAAAUUGGCUGAAAUUCACUCAAAACCACUCCAAGUUAGACGCUCUCGAUUGGGCGCGUUUUGGCCCAGAAUGGGUUUGGAACAAAUCACCAAAAUUGGGUGAAACCAGCCCAAAACGAGACGCGCAACGUGGGCUGGCGGCUGGACUACGCCGUGCUGUCGCGGCGGCUGCUGGGCGCGCUGUGCGACUGCAAGAUCCGCAGCGCCGUGCAGGGCAGCGACCACUGCCCCAUCACCGCGCUGCUGGCGGUCUAGGCGCUGAAUUGGGGUUAAAUUCAGGUAAUUUGGGUCAAAAUUGGAGUUUGAUCUGUUGUUCGGUCUUAAUUGGACGUGUUUUGGCCCAAAAUUGGCUCAAAUUUGCUUAAAAUAUGCUCAAAUUUGCUUGAAAUCAAAGUUGGAGAUUGAUGGUGUUGUUCGGUUUUAAUUUGACGUGUUUUGGCCCGAAAUUGUCUUGAAUUCACUCAAAAUUGGCUUAAAUUCACUUAGAAUCAAAGUUCAAGUUCGAUGGUGUUAACCGUUUUUAAUUGGAUGGGUUUCAGGACAAAAUCGGCUCAAAUUUGGUCAAAAUCGGCCUAAAUUCACUCGAAAUCGAAGUUUGAGUUUUAUUGUAUUAACCGCUUUUAAUUCAACGCGUUUUGGCCCAAAAUUCGUUCAAUUUUGCCCAAAAUUUGCUCAAAUUCGCUCAAAAUUGUCUUAAAUUCACUCAGAAUUGAAGGUGGAGAUUGAUGGUGUUGGUCUCUUUUAAUUGGACGGGUUUUGACCCAGUUUUGGCUCAAUUUGGCCCAAAAUUGGCUCAAAUUCACUCAGAAUCGAAGUCCGAAAUUGAUGGUGUUGACCGCUUUUAAUUGGAUGUGUUUCGGCCCAAAAUUGGCUCAAAUUUGCUCAAAAUUGGCUGAAAUUUGCUUAGAAUCGAAGUUGGAGAUUGAUGGUGUUGUUCGGUUUUAAUUCAACAUGUGCUGGCCCAAAAUUGGCUCAAAUUUGAUCAAAAUUGGCCUAAAUUUACUCAAAAUUGGUUUAAAUGUGCUCGAAACUGAAGUUUGAGUUUGAUGGUGUUACCGCUUUUAACUGGAUGGAUUUUGGCCCAAAAUUGGGCCUAAUUUGGACCAAAAUUGGCUGAAAUUUGCUCAGAAUCCAAAUUCGACUUCCACGGUAUUGAUGGCCUUUAAUUGGAUGGGUUUUGGUCCAAAAUGGGCCCAAUUUGGAUCAAAAUUGGCUGAAAUUCGCUCAGAAUGUAAGUUCGAGUUCAUGGCAUUAACGGCUUUUAAUUGGAUGGGUUUUGGCCCAAAAUUGGCUCAAUUUCGCCCAAAAUUUGCUCCAAUUCGCUCAAAAUUGGUUCAAAUUCACUCAAAAUUGGCUGAAAUUCACUCAAAAUCGAAGUUCGAGUUCAUGACGUUAACCGCUUUUAAUUGGAUGGGUUUUGACCCAAAAUUGGUUCAAUUUUGCCCAAAAUUUGCUCCAAUUCGCUCAAAAUUGGCUGAAAUUCGCUCGAAAUCAAAGUUUGAGUUUAUGGCAUUAACCGCUUUCAAUUGGAUGGGUUUUGACCCAAAAUUGGCUCAAAUUCGCUCAAAAUUGUCUUAAAUUCACUCAGAAUUGAAGGUGAAGAUUGAUGGUGCUGGCCGCCUUUAAUUGGACGGGUUUUGACCCAGUUUUGGCUCAAUUUGGCCCAAAAUUGGCUGAAAUUCACUCAAAACCACUCCAAGUUAGACGCUCUCGAUUGGGCGCGUUUUGGCCCAGAACGGGUUUGGAACAAAUCCCCAAAAUUGGGUUAAAUCCACUCAAAAUUUUUGGCACCAUCCCUUUUUAGUUGGAUGGGUUUUGGCCCAAAAUUGGCCCAAUUUGGUCCAAAAUCGGCUCAAAUCCACUCAGAAUCACUCGAAGCUAAACGCUUUUAAUUGGAUUUGUUUUGACCCAAUUUUGCCUCAAUUUAGCCCAAAAUCGCUUUGGAACGA